GUGAUAUCCCAAAACAGAUUUCUCAUCUUCACAUGUUACAAUCAUUGUGGAUGGAAUCAAACAAAUUUUACUGGACCUGUACCUCCAGACGUUGGGAAUUUGACAUCCCUUCGAGAGUUGAUCCUUUACAAUAAUAAUUUAACAGGUAAUAUUCCUAAUCAGAUUGGUCAUCUUCGUAAUUUAGAAACAUUAAGCAUGGCAUCCACCGGGCUUAAUGGAUCGAUUCCAAAAGAGAUUGGGAACUUGACGGCCCUUCGUUCUCUAUACCUCGAUAACAAUGUAUUGAAUGGUGUGAUUCCGGAAGAGAUUGGUGGCCUUGACAAAUUAGUAUCAUUAUACAUGAAUGGCAACAAGCUCAUCGGCCCUCUGCCUCGAGUCAUUUUGAACAUGAAAUCUCUUGUAGCAUUAUCUCUCAACAAGAAUGCUUUGACUGGUAUCAUUCCAGGAGAAUUGUUCACAGCCAAUAUUAAGAGUGUUGAUCUCUCCGAUAAACCAUUUUCAAGACCUAUCAAACAACAACCUGCAGGGUGGGCUUCCAAGUGUUUAGGAGAGCUGACUAAAUCCUUGCACGUUCUGCAUUUGAAGGAGAAUAGCCUUGGUGGCCAAAUUCCACCAUCAUUUUCAAAGGGCUGCGCUCUUGAGUCUCUCAACCUCAACAGCAAUAACCUAGAAGGAACGUUGCCGCAAGCCCUUGGAAAUUGUGAGAAGCUACAAGUUCUUGAUGUUGGAAGCAAUGGGAUACACGGUGGGUUUCCCUUUUGGACGGAGGAUCUUGUCGAUCUCCGAGUCCUUAUUUUGGAAGAGAAUAGAUUCAAUGGUAGUAUUGUUUCACCCAUUGCUGAUGUUGAGAUUAGUAGUGAUGCUCCAUUUGGAAAGUUGGAAGUGUUUGAUGUAUCUCAAAAUGAGUUCAGUGGGUCCCUACCGACUACAUAUUUGUCUACCUUCCCAGCCUUGAUGAAUGGCAAGGAAAAUGCGUCGGAAAAGAGUAGCAUGUAUGAGGAAUCAAUGGUGUCUGUUUUGAAAGGCUCAGAGCAACCAUUAUUGGUCAGAAUGUUGACUACAUUCACCACCAUUGACAUGGCGGAGAACAAAUUCUCCGGAAAGAUUCCGGAUUCCAUAGGGAAUCUUAAUUCACUCAAGUGCUUGAAUUUGUCUCAUAACAAUCUCACUGGGCAGAUACCAUCAUCCAUUGGAAAUGUGAAAGCAUUGGAAUCAUUAGACUUGUCUUCAAAUCGAUUGAAUGGUGAGAUUCCAAGGCAGUUGACAAUGUUGAGUUUUCUUUCUAAGUUAAAUCUUUCGAUGAAUGAGCUUGUUGGAGAGAUUCCUCAAUCAGGCUGGUUUCGGAAGUUUUGA